UCAGCAGUUUCAUGAUAUUUGGAAAGUUCUGAGACCCACCCUCUUGGACUACUUGUAACCAGUGCCCAAGACUGCAAAAAUAUAAGUGUGGAAGAACCUUUUCUUGAAGGAAGUGGCUAUCACAAUACUGUGGAAACUCCGUGCAGGCCUUGCAAGGCAGGAAAGCAGUUUGUGCUUCCGUUGACGCUCGUGUGUAAUCUCUGCUUCUUAUGCACUCCAGCACCCCAAUCAGCUCCUUGUUCUCCUUCACCAGCCCUGCAGUGAAAAGGCUGCUGGGCUGGAAACAAGGAGAUGAAGAAGAAAAGUGGGCAGAAAAAGCUGUUGAUUCCUUGGUGAAGAAGUUAAAGAAGAAAAAAGGUGCCAUGGAAGAACUGGAAAGGGCUCUGAGCUGCCCAGGGCAGCCCAGUAAAUGUGUGACGAUCCCACGUUCCUUGGAUGGGCGGCUGCAGGUGUCUCACCGCAAGGGGCUUCCCCACGUCAUAUACUGCAGAGUGUGGCGCUGGCCUGAUUUACAAUCUCACCAUGAGUUGAAACCACUGGAAUGUUGUGAGUUCCCCUUUGGCUCAAAACAGAAAGAAGUGUGCAUUAACCCCUACCAUUAUCGUCGGGUGGAAACCCCAGUCCUACCUCCUGUACUCGUUCCAAGACACAGUGAGUUUAACCCUCACCUCAGCCUCCUCGCCAAGUUUCGAAACACUUCUCUGCACAGUGAGCCACUGAUGCCACACAAUGCCACCUAUCCUGAUUCUUUCCAGCAUCCUCCAUGCACCCCUUUUCCAUCAUCACCCAGCCACAUGUUCUCCCAGUCGCCUAACAGCAUCAGCUACCCCAACUCACCAGAAAGCUCUUCUGGACCAGGAAGUCCCUAUCAGCUCAUGGUGGAAACUCCACCCCCGCCCUACCAUGCAAGAGAACCUCCAGGAAUCCACAAUGGACGGUCAAUGGAUGCAAUAGCUGAAAGUCAACUAGUGCUGUCUUUGCCCAACGGAGGUAAAUCUGCCGAUGGAGAAGCUGAAAACUUUCGGCCUGUUUGUUAUGAGGAACCCCAACACUGGUGCUCAGUUGCGUACUAUGAACUCAACAACCGCGUAGGGGAAACUUUCCAGGCUUCCUCUCGAAGUAUCCUUAUAGAUGGAUUUACAGAUCCCUCAAAUAAUAAAAACAGGUUCUGCCUGGGUCUACUCUCAAAUGUAAACCGCAACUCUACUAUAGAAAACACCAGAAGACACAUAGGAAAAGGUGUUCAUCUUUACUAUGUUGGUGGGGAAGUUUAUGCUGAAUGUGUCAGUGACAGCAGUAUUUUUGUGCAAAGCCGCAACUGUAACUACCAGCAUGGUUUCCACCCAGCCACUGUCUGCAAGAUCCCCAGUGGCUGCAGCCUCAAGAUCUUCAACAACCAGCUCUUCGCCCAGCUGCUUGCCCAGUCAGUCAAUCAUGGUUUCGAAGUGGUGUAUGAGCUGACCAAGAUGUGUACUAUUCGAAUGAGCUUUGUUAAAGGCUGGGGAGCAGAGUAUCAUCGCCAAGAUGUUACAAGCACACCCUGCUGGAUUGAGAUCCACCUGCAUGGACCAUUGCAAUGGCUGGAUAAGGUGCUGACACAGAUGGGCUCACCUCACAACCCCAUCUCCUCAGUCUCUUAAGAAUCAUCUCUA